UCGAGCAUGGCGGCGAGCAACCGUGGGCAGACCUGGGGUUCCAGCGAGACCAGCGUUUUUCUGGACAUCUGGGCCGAACAUUUUAGCGGGGUACAGCUCUCAACGAAACACAAAAACACGCACGUUUACGGGGGUUUCCGGAAGGCCUUGGCAGAGCGAGGCUUCCGCAGGACAGUCCAGCAGUGCCGGACCAAGGCCAAAAAAUUAAGGGCACAAUACAUAAAGGUUCGGGACGCCUUGAAAACGUCCGGCGGGAGCAGCGAAGAACGCCAAAAAUUCAUCUGGUACGACCGCAUGCACGCAAUACUCAGGGGGACUCCAGCUGCGGAUCCAGCUGAUCUCCUGGAGUCCCGGGUCCUGGAGCAGUCCGUCCCCGGGGCUGCCGUGGACGUCGCCGAGGAUUGUGCGACUGACACCAAGGCCACAUCUUCUCGGAGUGGGCCAGCAGACGCAGAGUCAUCCUCCACCGGCUCUUUAGGACCCGCUCAAACAGGGCUCACAGAUCCUUUGCCGUUUCGGGAUGCUGCUACCUCGAGGAGGCUGCCCAUCCCAGGGGCAGAGGCCCACAGGAUAAAUAACUCCCAGGACUUUCAACAAUUUGUCGACACCACAGAGGUGCUUCUUGAGAAGAUGGACGCGUCUGACGACUGGCGGACAGCACUCGAAGAUGCACGCUUCGAAAGACUUCUUAGGGAGCGGGAAGAGAAGUGUGACCGCAGACUGGACACCAUAAUGGACAAUCAACAGACCUGCAUGGAAAUGCUGAAGACCAUAUUGUCGACGCUUCCGGGGCAGAGCCGUUGUGGUGCAGCUGUCGGUGUACAGGGAGAAGAGCAGGGGGGAGAGAACACUGCUCUGAGGGGAGUCGGAGGACCAACGCAGAUGGAAGUGAAUCACGGCUUUACAGGAAGAGGCGCAAACUCUGUGCUUGAUUCUUCUGUCGGAGAUACCAGCUCGGGAGGAAACCAGAUUGCUCUCAACGUCAUCGUGAAGGCUUUUGCAGAGACGAUGCUUCUGAGGGCGAAAGCAGCAGUUUACGAAGUUCUAAUGGGCUGCUUGACACGUGGAGAGAUCCAGUUUCACCAGUAUGAUGACCUGAAGCGUUCCAUCGGCAAGAGCUUGGACGACAUUGAAAUAGACUUUUGUUCUGUGAAGAAAGAAAUCCUGGAGCAGUAUGAUGUUACAUAUCAGAAAUAACAAAAUAAGUACAUAAAUGAAAAUCCCAGCGCAGUGAGCUCUACAUCGUGUACAACAGGACUGACAGGCUCUGUUCCCAGAUCUCAAAUGAAAGGAUUCACGGGCUGUAGAAAGGGGGAGGCGGUUUCAGCAGCAGGUUGGUUUGAACGAUGAGACCGAAGUUUCCUCCACUGAGGUUAGGAGCACAUACAGACUUUCAUGAAGAUGAAAUGCUCUCCUCACAAUCACCGCCGAGUACCGGGACGAGACAGAAGAAGUCUAAGAAGAGAAAUGUUCCGUGGAUCAACUUCACGCCAUGAUCUCAUUCACCAUGACCAGAGUUUGUUUUUCUUUUUUGUCUUUUGAAAUUUUACUAGCAUCAAUAAAGUAGAAAUGAAUGAGA